AUGCCGGCGCCUUCGCAAAUCGCUAUCGCUACAGGCUCCGUUAACCGCCUUCUUAAGGAAGAAGCUUCAUACCACAAGGAGAUCGAGCAGGAAGAGGCCAAGAUCAAAGUCCUGAAGGAGAAGAUUGACUCUGGCGUCGAUAAGGACGAGAAUGCUUCAUAUAUGCUCAAGCAGCAGCAAACCGCUGUCGAACAAACUAAGGCUGUAUUCGCACCCCUUCGAGAAAGGAUCGUUGUUGCCGUCGAGAGACUGGAGGAGCAGCUUGCUAUGAGCGAACAGCUUGGUGCUUCUGGGGAUGAGGUGCAACAGGCGAAAGAGGCACUGGCGAAAGCCAAGGAAACAUAG